CUUGCAGUCACUUUGCGAGGAGGAGCGCGCGGGCUGCGGGCGGCUGGGGCAGCCGGGAGCGGCGGCGGGCUAGCAGAGGCGGCCGUGGCAGCGGAAGGUUCUCUCUCCGGGGCUGGACUUAAUAACUUUGGAACUGUCCGCCGGUGUCACGUCCUGAACAUGAGCCUCCUCCUCUCCUUCUACCUGCUCGGGUUGCUUGUCAGUAGCGGGCAAGCUCUUCUUCAAGUGACAAUUUCACUUAGCAAAGUAGAGCUUAGUGUGGGUGAAUCUAAAUUCUUCACAUGUACAGCCAUUGGUGAGCCUGAGAGUAUAGAUUGGUAUAAUCCUCAAGGAGAGAAGAUCAUUUCCACGCAGAGGGUGAUGGUCCAGAAGGAAGGUGUCAGGUCACGGCUAACCAUUUAUAAUGCAAACAUAGAAGAUGCAGGGAUUUAUCGCUGCCAAGCGACAGAUGACAAAGGACAGACACAAGAAGCCACGGUAGUUCUGGAAAUUUACCAGAAACUCACCUUCAGAGAAGUGGUAUCCCCUCAAGAGUUCAAGCAAGGGGAGGACGCAGAAGUGGUCUGCAGAGUUAGCAGCUCACCUGCACCUGCUGUCAGCUGGUUGUAUCACAAUGAGGAAGUCACCACCAUUCCCGACAAUCGGUUUGCUGUGCUUGCAAACAAUAACUUGCAGAUUCUCAACAUCAAUAAAAGUGAUGAAGGUAUAUACAGAUGUGAAGGAAGAGUGGAGGCAAGGGGAGAGAUUGACUUCCGGGAUAUCAUUGUUAUUGUCAAUGUUCCACCAGUCAUUGUGAUGCCCCAGAAGUCCUUCAAUGCUACCGCAGAGAGAGGAGAGGAGAUGACAUUAACGUGCAGGGCCUCAGGCUCUCCAGAUCCUACCAUCUCUUGGUUUCGGAAUGGAAAGCUCAUUGAAGAAAAUGAAAAAUACAUUUUAAAGGGCAGUAAUACAGAGCUCACGGUCAGAAAUAUAAUUAAUAAAGAUGGUGGCUCUUAUGUCUGCAAAGCUACAAACAAGGCAGGAGAAGAUGAAAAGCAGGCCUUCCUUCAAGUCUUUGUACAGCCGCAUAUAUUACAACUUCAGAAUGAGACGACAUCUGAGCAUGGCCAUGUCACACUCAUCUGUGAGGCAGAAGGCGAGCCCAUUCCAGAAAUCACCUGGAAAAGAGCAGUGGAUGGCGCCACAUUUUCUGAAGGUGAUAAGAGCUCAGAUGGCCGAAUCGAAGUCAAAGGGCAGCGGGGACAUUCGUCACUGCACAUCAGAGAUGUGAAGUUAUCAGAUUCAGGGAGAUAUGAUUGUGAGGCUGCAAGUAGGAUCGGUGGGCACCAGAGAAGCAUGCACCUUGACAUUGAAUAUGCUCCUAAGUUUGUUUCAAAUCAGACAAUGUACUACUCUUGGGAAGGAAAUCCAAUCAAUAUAAGUUGCGAUGUGACAUCAAAUCCACCUGCAUCAAUCCAUUGGAGAAGAGAGAAAUUGGUCUUACCAGCUAAAAAUACCACUCAUUUAAAGACGUACAGUGUUGGGAGAAAGAUGAUACUAGAGAUUGCCCCUACAUCAGAAAAUGACUUUGGACGAUAUAACUGCACUGCUACUAACCGUAUAGGAACAAGGUUCCAGGAGUAUAUUCUUGAGUUAGCAGAUGUGCCCUCUAGUCCUCAUGGAGUGAAGAUCGUAGACCUGUCUCAGACUACAGCCAAGAUCUUGUUCAACAAACCUGACUCCCACGGAGGUGUGCCUAUUCAUCACUAUCAAGUGGAUGUCAAAGAAGUGGCAUCAGAAACCUGGAAAAUAGUACGCUCCCAUGGAGUUCAAACAAUGGUUGUUUUGAGCAGCCUGGAACCAAAUACAACUUAUGAAAUCAGGGUUGCAGCAGUAAAUGGAAAAGGGCAAGGGGACUACAGUAAAACAGAAAUAUUCCAGACACUGCCAGUCCGUGAGCCAAGUCCUCCUUCCAUACAUGGACAGCCAAGCAGUGGGAAGAGUUUUAAAAUCAGCAUCACAAAACAGGAUGAUGGAGGGGCUCCUAUUUUAGAAUACAUUGUGAAAUACAGAAGUAAAGAUAAGGAAGACCAGUGGCUGGAGAAGAAGGUGCAGGGGAAUAAAGACCACAUUAUUCUGGAACAUCUGCAGUGGACGAUGGGCUACGAAGUGCAAAUCACAGCUGCCAACAGAUUGGGGUAUUCUGAGCCCACUGUAUAUGAGUUCAGCAUGCCCCCAAAGCCCAACAUUAUUAAAGACACACUUUUUAAUGGUCUUGGGCUAGGAGCCAUUAUUGGCCUUGGAGUCGCUGCCCUGUUGCUAAUCCUUGUGAUAACAGAUGUCAGCUGCUUCUUCAUUCGACAAUGUGGGUUACUAAUGUGCAUUACCAGGAGAAUGUGUGGGAAGAAAAGUGGCUCCAGUGGAAAAAGUAAAGAACUUGAAGAAGGAAAGGCGGCAUACCUGAAAGAUGGGUCAAAAGAACCAAUAGUGGAAAUGAGAACAGAGGAUGAAAGAAUCACUAAUCAUGAAGAUGGGAGUCCAGUGAAUGAGCCAAACGAAACCACACCAUUAACAGAACCUGAAAAAUUGCCUUUAAAAGAAGACAAUGGAAAAGAAGUCCUAAAUGCAGAAACUAUAGAAAUUAAAGUGUCUAAUGACAUCAUCCAGUCGAAAGAAGAUGACAGCAAAGCAUGACCACAAGUUUCAGCAGCUUGGUUAGCACCACAAAGAGCAAUUGGAUUGCCAUGGCACUUUGACCAAAACUAUUCCAUUGACCUUAAUUUCUUGGGAAAUGUCUAGCUUGGAAUAGCUUGUACACAUAUAUACAUAUGAUCAACUCCUCCUGUCACAGUUCAUUUCCUUCUGUUAUUGCUGUUGUGGUUGUUUGUUUUGUUAAGUAUUUCAGUAUGAAGUCUUGAUUGGCACCACUUUUGGGUAUCAGUUUGAUUCUCUGACUGAAGUAUUACAAUUUAUUAUAUGGCAAAAGGGCUUUUCUUUUAAAAAUUUUGCUUCAUGUAAUACCAACAGAUGUAUUUCAGCUCUCAAAAAUAUCAGGUUGUGAUAGAAGGUAGAGCAAAAUUGUUCUGAGCUAAAUGUGUACAAAAGCCCUGCAUGUUUAUAAAUCUUAUCUUGGGCAAACACUCUAUUAAAAUGGUUUUCAGAUUAAGAUGAAGGCACAUAACAAAGGUUGUACUUUUUAUCAAGAAAAUUUCAGGGAACCCAGGCUGGAAGGAGCCAGUCAUUUAUCUUUUGAAGAUAUUAGAAAUUGAAAAAAUGUUAGAGAACUCAUUUUAACUUAUGACUACAUUGCAUUUUUGACAUUGAUCUUGAAUACAGUGAUACCAGGUCUAAACUGUUAGACAUCUGAAAGAAGAUUAGUUGUUUGUAAAAUUAGAUUAGAGAAAUUCCCUAAAUCUCUUUUUAUGUAUACCAUAUUCACUCACAGUGGAUUACACAAAAAGUAAAUGUAUUACAAGUAAAAAUGGUAUUGAUUUCUGCCCUCAGCUUCAAAUAAAGUGAAUUUAAAUGGGAAAAUAUCAAUAUGCUUUCUUGAUAUAUUUAUAAAUACAUGAUUAUUUUUAUUUAUAUAUAAUUUAUCAAAAAUAAAGUUGUUUUUAAGUACUUCGAGUCAUAUUAGAUAUGUUUUGGUAUAUAGAUUUAGGUGGUCAUUAUUAUUAUUAUUAUUAUGUGUCCCUCUUUAAAUGAAAGUGGCUAAUGACAUUGAAAGUAUAUAUUAGAGUUAAUUAAUUAAACAUUCAAAUGUUCCAAGAGGAUUGAAGAACUGAAAUGCUACUAUUGACUUAUUUUCAAAUAGUGCAUUUUAAAAUCCAUUUUACAACAAUUUUAAGGUAUUUAAUAAACAGCUACAGUUAAAACAAUGAUUUAACUAUUCUAUAUAGUCUUUGUAACAUUAUUUCUUACAGACUACAUAGAAAUAUGAUAGUUACUAACUUACAAGCUAUGCAAACUCCCUGAGGUCAAAGUAUGAACUAUGAUUUAACGUAUGUGAAAGGAAAAAAAAAACAUUUGUAGCUAUCAAUAUACAUAGGUGGGGAGCAGGGUUAAAUGAUUUCUUAAGUCAGAGUUCCUAAAUCUACUGUAGUCUCCCUCUUACUCACAGACUUUAGUGUUCUGAUACCAAGUGAAUAGCUCCAAUAUUGGUGCAUUUGAGACCACAUUCUCAUAGUUCAUUGGAUGAAUAUUUUUAACACUGAAGAUGGCCCUGCUCUUAUACUAUGAGGUAAUUUCAUGAAAAUUAGAUACAACAUUAGUGCCACUCUGGAAUGCUUCUCUUGGUAAAGUGCUUAAACUUGCCAUGAAAGGGGAGAUAAAUGUUUUAUUGUAUCUUUUACCUCACUUGCUGACUGUCAGCUAGACCAACUGUGCCCAACUGCAUGGAAAGAUGCUUUAAUCUUCACAGUGCUUUGUGGGAAAUUAUGGGUAAUUGCAGGGGUCUCUCCUUGAUGCUCAUCCUGGCAUAUUCUGAAGAGAGAGAGAGAAAGACAGAGAGGGAAAAAACCCAAAACAGAAAUCUGUGCCUAAUUAAGAAUCUGAAGGGUGUCUAUCUAAAAUAAGCAAACAAACCAGUUUAACCCUUUUCAAACUUGCUUACCAAACAUAUUCUUGAUAGAUUUGUCAAGGAUGUUGACCUUAUGUUUGUUAGGUCAUUUUAGGUUCAUUUUUUAAGGUGUACUUCUUUCUGCUUUUUUUACUUUGUACCAAAUGUACUAAAAUUAGUCAAAAUACUUGAAUUUAUUUGUUUGUGUAAAGUGAGCAGGCUUAGUAGUGGUGUCUAUGAAGCAAUAGCCAUGAACACUGAUUUUUCCUGAAUAAAAAGACAUGGUUUUAAACUAAUGAUAUAAAAUAAUUUGUAUGACUGGUAAAGCAAUUUAGCAUGUUUCGAAUUGUCAUAUUUGUGCUAUAACACGAGAACAGAGAAAUAAGAAGAGAAAAAUAUUUUUGUGUUUUCUCAAUUUGAAGCUUUAAUUUUAUCAUGUCUUCAGUUUUUCUAUGUAAAAAAAUAAUCAAAUUUAUACACAUAGUCUUAAAUCUUUUGUCAUCGUAUGGAACCAUUGGAUAACUUUGGAUGGAGUCCAUGGAUGCUUUCAGGUGUUUCAGAGAUGCUGAAUCUGUGGUGUCUUAGAAAUCGAUGCUCUGCAGACAACAUAUUGAUGUGGUAAACGUUUUAAAUUUCAAAGAAAUUCUCCUAAUCACACAGUUUAAAGUAAAGUUACCAAAUGAGAAUGUCAUAUAGUGAAUUCUCAAUUUAUAAGUAAGCCUGAAAUGAUUUUUAUUAUUUUUUAAUUCUAUUUUAGUCUAAAUGAAUUUAUGUAACUUUUACUAUCUGAAAGUCCACUUCCAUGUUAUAACAAAAUGUUCACUGGACAAAAUUUAAGUAUUGUUAAGGUAAUCUGAACCUUACACCAAUUUUAAAAAGGUGCAAAUGUAUGGUUAGGAGCUGAUAAAUUGACAAUCUAUAUUUGACAGCCCAUGAGAGAAAAAUUUAAUAUUUGAAUUUUAAUACGUGUUGUAUUUUUAAAAUUGACACAAAUAUGUCAAAAUAAUUUACAGUGAUGUUUGAAUACAUUAAAAUUGUGAUCUCAAGAGGUUAAUUUAUCAUUUUGUGGAAAAGAUAUAUUACUGUUCUAUUUAUACUAAUGUCUAAUAUUAGCAAUCUUUAAAACUUUUAUUUUUUUCAUCUUAAUACCUAUAUCAUCAUUUCAAAAGGGUUUUGACCCAACAAACAUCAUAUAAAUCUUAGACUUUGUGUUAAGCAUCUAUAUAAAUAAAAUAGAUACUAGUAAUCAAAUGAAUUAUGUUACAGCAAUUAUUUGUAUAUUAAAAUCAUCUCUUUAUUUUGAAUAAUUAACAGGUAUUUGUGCCUUUAUAUUAGCAUGACAUUACUUUAAAGAAAAACUACAACUACUGUAUGUGUUUUGAUCAUGCAAAUGACACUAAAGCUGGAUUUUUUUUUACAAUUAAUUAAUAAACUUUAUUGUAACCUCUUUCCCUUACCCACAGUAUAUAUACACUCAAAUUUAUUUUUAUUUAUAAUAAAAAAUACUUUAGUCCAUCCAUAAGAUACUUAAUUGGUUCUGUAUUGUUCUCUAAAUGAUAAGUCUGUAUUGGGAAAAUUGUGAUGCUAGCUCUAAGAAAUACAACAGAUGCUAUUUACAACCAGGGCAGUUACUGUGGGGUCACUUAAGUCUUCACUGUUUUGUGGAGAUCAUCAUCAUCCAUGUGAUGGCAAGAUAAACAAAUAUCAAAAUAUCUAUAAUUGAAAUGGUAAGAGAAGUUUACAUUUUUAAUUUAAAAAUAUUGGUGAUGCAUAUAAUAGCUAUUUAAAAUUACAUUAUUUUUCACAGAAAAUGAUGUAAAUGCUUAGUUUGAUUUUUCUCAUGGAAAAUUUAGAGGGACUGUUUCUUUUCAAAACAUUUCAUUAAAUCUGAAAUCAUUUUACAAUGAGAAUUUUCUUAUAUAUCUCCAAUUUCCACUUAUUAACCCUUUGGAAUAGUCUGUCUAAAACUGAAAUAGCAUAUAGGUAGAAUUUCAUAUGCUAAACUUAAAUAGUGUUUGGUUAAAAAUAAAAAUUUAAUCACAGAAGUUAAAUUAUUAAAGAUAAUAUUAUAUAUAAAUAUAGUCUUAAUAAUAUUCUAAUAUGAAACAACUGUUUGUAUAAAAGAAAAUAUUAUAAAAGGCCUAGCAAUAGUAAGUGCUGAGUACAUGUAAUUUUCUUCCAGGCUUCACUCUUUUUUUAUUUAAAUUUUGUUCACUCAUGUGAUGGAGGUACUUAUCAACACUA